UCAGUUGGAGUUCUGCUUUCCACAGAGACGGUUCGGUUCGGUGAAUUUUCGCAAAUAUCGUCGUGUUUUGUGUAUGUGUGUGUGUGUUAAACUUUUUAUACGCAGAAUAUUACAAAAAACACAGAGCGCAGCAUUUUUGGUGUACAAGAAAAAGUGGUGCGCGAAACAGGAUUUCGUUUUCGUCUUUGUUCCCCAAGUUGUGGCAAUCAGCUACACAAACAGAACUCUGUGUGGAACCAGCCUACGACAAGGUCGCGCUGCAUAGCAUAUCACCGGCAACAACAACAACUUUUCUGCCACAAAUCGUUGCACGCACCGGCCGCAGGAUGAGCUACAACAGAAACAGCAACAAUGACAGCGGCGGCGGCGGAGGCGGCGACGUUGGGAGUGGCAUGGGCGCAGCUAAUGCUGCAACAGCUGCAACAGCUGCUACUGGAGCAACGGCCACAACACCAACAACAACAACAACAACAACAGCAACUGCUGCAGCUGCAACUGCAACAGGCGCAUGUGGCGCCAAUUCAAGUUCAAGUCGACGCUUGGUUCACUUGACGGGCGGCAAUCGUGGAGCAGCCAUGGGCAAUGUUGUUGGCUGGCUGAAGCAGGCUUCCAUUGAGGUGCGAGACGCUGGCACCCGGACGCUGUCCAUGCUGCAGAGCACCAAUCCGAAUUUUCGCUCUCUGGACUUGUCGCUGACGCCAACGGUGUCUGUGGCCGCCUCAUCGGGCAGUGUGCCGACGACGACAAGUGCGGAGGGUUCGCUGAGUGGCUCCACAAACUUGGCUGGCAUUGUCCAGGAUACAGAGGAUACCUGCGAUACCAAAUUGCUGACAAGGACACGUGCGUACGCGUCCGUUAGCCAACCGCAGAGUCCGCGGCAUCGCGUGCGUGGCACACCCAACGGCCUGAACGGGCGAUCCACAUCGAUAUCAUCGCAGCUGGAGAAGACCAAAAAGCUGCUCAAGAUGACCGAGGGCGAGGACAAGCCGUUGACUAUUUUGCACUACAACGAUGUCUACAAUAUCGAGUCCAUGGCCGAAACGGAGCCAAUUGGCGGCGCUGCGCGCUUUGCCACAGCCAUCAAGAGCUAUGCGCAUCUAAAUCCCCUUGUUCUCUUCAGCGGUGAUGCCUUCUCACCCAGCAUGUUGAGCACCUUUACGCAGGGCGAGCAAAUGAUACCUGUGCUCAAUCAAGUGGGCACACACUGCGCUGUCUUUGGCAAUCAUGACUUUGAUCACGGCCUGGAUGUGUUGGUCAAGUUGAUUAAACAAACGGAUUUCCCCUGGCUAAUGUCGAAUGUGGUUGACAACGAAACUGGUCGCCCGCUGGGCGGUGGCAAAAUCUCCCAUUUUAUUUUACACAAUCAAAUCUCGAUUGGGCUAAUUGGGCUUGUGGAGCGUGAAUGGCUCGAGACCCUGCCCACCAUCGAUCCCACCGAAGUCACCUACAUAGACUAUGUGGAGGCUGGCAAUCGUCUCGCCCGGGAGCUGCGCAACGAGGGCUGCGAUCUGAUCAUUGCUUUGACGCACAUGCGCACGCCCAACGACAUCAAUCUGGCCGAGAAAUGCGAUGGCAUUGACAUAAUCCUUGGUGGACACGAUCAUGUGCGCGAGGUGACCGAAAUCAAUGGCAAAAUGAUUGUCAAAUCGGGCACAGAUUUCCAACAAUUCUCCGUCAUAACCAUCGAGCGACAGGCCAACAAUCGCGCACUCUUCACCACGGAUGUCCAGUGCAUGGAUGUGACGGCCAAAAUACCAGAGGAUCCCGUGCUAAAACAGGAACUAUCCAAAUAUGCCAAAUUCAUUGAGAGCAAAUUAUCGGAUGUCAUGGGCAUAUUUGGCGUCGAGCUCGAUGGCCGCUUCUCGCGUGUGCGCACCCAGGAAACCAAUCUGGGCAAUUGGGUGUGUGAUGUCGUCUUGGCAGCUGUUGGCGCCGAUGUGGUUAUACUGAAUGGCGGCACCUUUCGCUCGGAUCGCAUACAUCCCGUUGGUCCGUUUACAAUGGGUGAUCUGGUCAAUGUUAUACCCAUGCGCGAUCCAUUGAUACUGCUCGAGGUGACGGGACGUGUGCUGUGGCAGGCGCUGGAGAACGGCGUGUCCGCCUAUCCCAAGCUGGAGGGUCGUUUUCCCCAGGUGGCUGGCAUUAGUUUUGCCUUCGACCCGCAGGCUGCGCCCUUCCAACGCAUCGAUCCCCAGCUGAUACAGGUGGGCGAUGAGUAUCUAAAUCUGGAGCAAACCUACAAGCUGUGCGUCAAAAGCUACAUAUACAUGGGCUGCGAUGGCUAUACCAUGUUCAAGGACUCCAAAGUGCUGAUGGAUGACGAUGCCUGUCCGGAGCUGGGCAUCACGCUGCAGAAUCAUUUCAAGGCCAUCAAUUCGCGCAAAUGUGGCCAGAACACAAAGCAUAGACAGUCGCUGGUCACGCUAUCGCGUCGGCAUAGCCUGGUGCAAUGUCUGGACAGUCUGGAUCUGGAUGGUCCAUCGCCCAUACGCAAGCUGUCGGUGGGUCAUCACAACAAGUCCCUGGACCUGUCGCAUGGCAACUCUCAGAAGAUGCUGCGUCGCGCUUCGCUGGACGAUCUGGAGCAGUCCACAUGCGAUUUGGCGCCACAGCUGGAGCAUCGCAUUGUUAUGAUACAAAACGAGGAGCAUCAUCGUCAGCUGGUGUUCAAGAAGGAGACGCACAUUAUGAACUCAACCAUAACCGAGGCGGAGGACGAGUAAAGUUCUUUGUAUUCAUUUGUUUUCGUGCAUUUAGUUUUAAUUUUCUUUUAGUUUCUUCGUUCUUAUUUUGUUAUCUUCUUCUUUUGUUACAAACUUGAAAAGAGCUGUAGGGCAAUUGCCGAUUCGGAAAGACAUAUAUGAGUUAGGAUAAUGCAGUUAGUUUAGUUAUGCAUCGAUGGGAAUCGUCUUGUUUAGAUAUAUACGCUACGAUAUGUUAUUUAUUGCUGUUGUUAUUAUAAAAAUUAUUAAUUUUCGCUUUAAGUUCCAUCGAUUCAAGACUUCUCUCGGCAAAAACUAAAACCAACGCGAACUUGAUAUUGAUAUUAAUAUUGUAUGUACCUAAAGUUGAACAUAAGUUUAGACAAAUUGAUAAAUUAAGUUGAUGAAAA